GUCACGAUAUGGACUAAAAGGGGAAGGUACCGUAACAGGAACAGUAACAACUGAGAGAUACAGUAGUGUACUGAGAGAUACAGCAUUGUACUGAGAGUACUGAGAGAUACAGUAUUGUACUGAGAGUACUGAGAGAUACAGCAUUGUACUGAGAGGACUGAAAGAUACAGUAUUGUACUGAGAGAUACAGCAUUGUACUGAGAGUACUGAGCGAUACAGUAUUGUACUGAGAGAUACAGUAUUGUACUGAGAGAUACAGUAUUGUACUGAGAGUACUGAGAGAUACAGUAUUGUACUGAGAGUACUGAGAGAUACAGUUUGUACUGAGAGAUACAGUAUUGUACUAAGAGAUACAGCAUUGUACUGAGAGUACUGAGAGAUACAGUAUUGUCCUGAGAGAUACAGUAUUGUACUGAGAGUACUGAGAGAUACAGUAUUGUACUGAGAGUACUGAGAGAUACAGUUUGUACUGAGAGAUACAGUAUUGUACUAAGAGAUACAGCAUUGUACUGAGAGUACUGAGAGAUACAGUAUUGUCCUGAGAGAUACAGUAUUGGACUUUGCUCACAACAUCCACAGCACUCUUGGGAGACUGAGGCAGCUACAAAAUGUAUGUGGAGCUGGCAUUGGCAGUAGUAUUAGGUACAGUGGUUGUUCUCAUUCUUCUGAAAAAAAGGCAAAAGUGUUUAAACACAGAAGAUGGCUGGUGGGGUGUGGGAACUCCACUGGAAAGUCCUGAAGAUGACAGCAUUCGGCCAUUCCGAGUAGAGACAACACAAGAAGAGAUUGAAGACUUGUAUCAUCGUAUUGAUCAGACACGACCUGUUCCAUCUCUGGAAGACAGCAAAUUUCACUAUGGCUUCAACUCCAGUUACCUGCAGAAGGUUGUUUCAUACUGGAGGAAUGAUUUUGACUGGAGAAGACAAGUGGAUAAACUGAACCAGUAUCCCCACUUUAAAACCAAAAUUGAAGGUAUUGAUGUCCAUUAUAUCCAUGUGAAACCCAAGAACCUGCCUGAAGGAGCAUGUAGCAUACCUCUGCUGAUGGUACAUGGCUGGCCUGGUUCCUUUUAUGAAUUCUAUGGCAUUCUGCCACUCCUCACGGAGACAGGGAGAACAGGUGACAUCACUUUUGAGGUCAUCUGUCCCUCUAUUCCUGGAUAUGGCUUUUCUGAGGCACCACAUAAAAAAGGUUUCGACUCAGUGUGCACAGCACGAGUGUUCCUCAAGCUGAUGAAGCGACUUGGUUUCAGCCAGUUUUACGUUCAAGGAGGAGACUGGGGCUGGAUAAUCACUACUAACAUGGCUCAGCUAGAGCGCAAGAUUGUAAAGGGUCUGCAUGUCAACUUUGCACCACCAGAAAAAACAAGUCUGACCAUGAUAUUAUCCAUGCUUUUGGGUCACUACUUCCCAAGACUCUUUGGGUUCACUCAUCAUGAUAUAAAUAAAAUUUAUCCCCUCAUGCAGAAUUUAGUUGUAAAUCGACUGAAGGAAACAGGAUAUCUGCACAUACAAGCCACCAAGCCUGAUACUGCUGGGCGUGGUCUAAAUGACUCUCCUGUUGGUUUGAUGGCCUAUAUCCUAGAGAAGUUUUCAACUUGGACUGAUCUAGAGUUCACAAACCUUGAGGAUGGAGGCUUACAAAUGAAGUUCUCUCUUGAUGACCUGCUGACCAAUGUGAUGAUCUAUUGGACUACCAAUUCAAUCAUCCCCUCUAUGCGUUUCUACAAGGAAAACAUUGGCAAAGGUUUACAGCCACAUAACAAAAUUCCAGUUCUGGUUCCAACAGGUUUGGCAAUUUUUCCCAAUGAGUUGGUGCACACUCCAGAACUGUGGGCCAAGCAGAAGUACCAUAAACUUGUGAGCUACACUCUGAUGCCCAGAGGUGGCCAUUUUGCUGCCAUGGAAGAACCAGAAUUAAUGGCACAAGAUAUUCGGAAGUUUGUCAAAAUUGUGCAGGGGAAAAAUUGAAAAGGUAAUUUUCUUAAAAAUAAACCCACACACUUUUAGAUUGAUUUGCUUCUAAUCAGUAAUUGCUACCAAUGCUACUAAAAAAUUGCUACAGAGCCAACUUUAUUUCUACUAAGCAAACACAGAAUAUGCCUGCAUAUGCAAAAUGAAAAAAAAAAAAAAAAAAAAAAACAA